AUGGAUCUAGUCAUUGAUAAAGUGUCGAACGUUGACUCUGAUCUGAUGCAGGGUGCAUCAGAAAAUGAAUCGACUGUCGAAAAUCAAACAAACUCGUUAGUAACACCAGACAAGCUGUUAUAUAAAACAAAAAAUAAUGAGGCUCUUUCUGGUAUCGAUAAAUUCACAUUCGAUAAAACUCUCGAAGAGGAGCAUACUCUCCUCAAAUCAGAAGUUACCGGCCCAUAUCCACAAAAUUUGGAACAAUUAAUUCAGGAGAGUGUCUCGAAGUCGACAGCGCGACUUUUGACGAAGAACGCCCUAAAAUAUUUGGACAAGGAUCUAGAGGUCAGUGCUGGAGAAGGCGUUUCGAAGCAAUUCACAGUGAGGUCAGCCAAGAAAGAGGCCAAUUCCAAGGCAACAGUGCGAAAAGAGGAAGGUUUCGACCUGCCUCUGAAAUCUACAGUCGACAAAUCCGCUUACGAGUCCACCAGGUCAAUAUACAUUGACCCUAAGAUAUCGUCCUUCAGGCUACACAAGGUAACUUACGAGAUGUAUAAGCUGUUCGAAAACAUAAGGGCCUUUGAUUCAUCAUCCAGGGCUGACAAAACGUCCAACAGGGGCUCAAACGCUGUUGAAAGCGAGAGCGUGUCUGCUAACGCCAACGCUCAGCCCUCGAUGAGGAAGCUGAGCAUCGUGAGUUCGAAUUUCGGCGAGACUGAGCAGAGCACGGGCGCCCUGUUCGAAUCCAGGCUUAAGCCAAAGCCGUUCCCUUCCGUCAGCACUCUGUACCCUGAGGAUUCUAACCACCUGACCUACUCUAUCUCAAACAGAUUUGGAAACAGCUCGUCCAGCUUCUCCGGGAAUUCUGAGAGGUUUGAAGGGAGUGCUUUCAACUCAAGUGACCUAAAAACAAGCUUUGAGCAGGGCUUCCUCGAUAAAGCACCUGGUAUCGGCAGCGGUCUUGACCAGGCUCCAUCACAUUUUACAUCAACCGAUUAUGGUAGCAGGGACUACAAUCAAGAUGAUUACUUGGCGAGCAGCUACGACGAUGAAGCGCGCAAGAAGUUCAGCUAUCCAAUGGUCUAUAAAACUGCAGAUUACACUAAGUUUUAUGACAGGGGUGAUUCAAAAGAUCUCGUUUAUGGAGUUUACAAAUACGAUACGUCAAAUUAUAACACUGAAGCCGAAAGGGCACAAAAAUACAGCGUUGAAAGAGCGAACAAGGAAGAAUUCCAAUCAGGUGGCUACAAGGGGAAUUUUGAAACCAGACAUCAAGAUGCUGCCCAUGAGACGUCUGAAUACAAGCAGGAUGAGUGCCCAUAUUCUGAGGAGACUAACUAUAAGUCCGCACCAUCAAAAGGGUAUCCCACUGAACACAACGGGGACUUUGAAUUGUAUAAAAUUGACCUAAAUUUCAAGGAAAAGGUGGACGUAGAGCCUUUUGCCACCGCAGUCAGUAAAAGCAAGGAUGUGGAGGAGUCUGAGGCAGUGAACUACACGUGCUUUAGCAGCGGCAAAAAAGCUGACGACAAGGGCCUCAAAAACGAGUCGAACGCGGCCGGCAGUGCCAAGAAAGCAAUGCCAGCCGGGUCGUCGAAUCUGCCUAAUCGUCAGAGUUUCAAUCCGAAUUACGUGACGAAGGUAUACGUGCCUCUUGACCGGAUGAACUUGCUCCCGAAGAGGAGAGCUGUGGUUGUGGGAUGCAACUACCUGGGGAACCCGAACGCACAGCUCAGAGGAAGCUGCAACGACGCGUUCGCUUUUGCCCAGGUCCUGGUCACCAAGUAUAACUUUGACCCUAGUGAGGUCGUUCUUCUUUUGGACUCGAGACCCAGCCCGGCCUACACCAGAUACUUAUCGCAAUUUAACCAAAAUAACCCUUUUCAGCCGAAUCAGGCUGGCAACGAGUUCAACCUGGACCUGAGCCGCGUGAAGUCCAACAUAAUUGAGCGCAACGUCUAUCCUACGAAGAAAACGUCCAUGUUCGGGUGGCACCUGGUCGACAGGGACCUGAAACACCUUGCGCUCAGCGAGAAUUUGUACGUGGACGCUGCUGUGAUCCCUGCGCCUGAGGAGAUGCAGCCUACCAGGGCCAACGUCUUCAGGUCUCUCAAGUGGCUCAACUACGUCAGCGCGCCCAACGACUUCGCACUCUUCUACUUCUCAGGCCAGUCGGUGCAGGUUGACGAUCUGUCGGGCUACGAGGGCGACGGCUUCGACGAGGCUCUGGUGCCUGCCGACUACGAAAGGAACGGGCUGGUCACGUGCAACGACCUCAAGUGCCUCUUCCAGUCGAUAGGGGCGACCUGCAGGCUCAACGUCUUCCUCGACACCUGCAAUAUGCAGACCGUCGUUGGGGGCUCCAGCAGAGCAGGCCCAGUCAAGGGCAGCAAGAUGAAGGGGAUAUGGCCGUUUUCGGAGCCCACAGGGAAGCUGAACACCUUCAAGUGCGGGGACUGGGUCGACAAGGACCAGAAGAUGAUAAACCAGAUGGCCAGGGCCAAGUUCAUUCCCACGCUGCAGGUCGACAGCCUGAGCAGCCUCUCUGACGUGCAGCUGUCGCUGGACGCGACUCACGGCGUGGUCAACUACUGCGUGCUCUCGUCCAGCAACUUGAACUCAGUGUCGCUCGAGUGCCUGUUCAAGCCUCUUAACCUGGGCCAGUCCUCCAAGGGCGAGCCCUCGAACAUGGUCACCGAGGACGAGGUCAUCGUGCAUGGCGCAUUUACGUACGCGCUUCUCCUCACGCUGCUGUAUGACAAAUCGUCAAGGCGAGGUGGGCUCGGAGUGGACGAGGUGGUCGAGGGCGUCAACAGGAAGUUGUCGCAGCUGAAGAGGAUUAGGCUGCCGAGGCUAAACCAGCAGUGCGAGGCUCUCUUUUACCACUCUUCAAAACUGCCCAAAAACGCCUUCCUCUUCCCUCCGAACUUUAGCAAGUACCAGAGGCCUAAGCCCACCGGCAGCUCCUACGGGUUCUACCUCCCCGGGGACGCCUGGCUUUUCAUGGUCGACCAGGGCAGGGAGAUGGCGCGAGAGCACCAGCAGAAGUUCGAAAGGAUGAAAACUGACCUCAUAACCCUCACGAACUUGAACAACAAGUUAUUCAACCAGAACGAGGGGGCGACGAAGUUGAACACCACUAGGACCCAGAACGCCGUCAACCCCGAUCACCACACCAGCAGGUCAGGCAGCGGCGUUGGCCAGUUCAAGAGCCUUCCAAACACAUUAGAAGCUUCCAUGAAGCCAGCGGCCAACCCUAGCAUGAAAACUCCGGGAGCAACUGGUAGGAGCAUGACUAAUAACGUUAGUGCAAGGGUGUUUACCAGGAAUUCGAGCGUGGCGGCCAAGGGGACCUCUCGAAGCAAGACUGCCGCUGUCAAUAACGUGAGAACGGCCACAGCGCGCAAGUUCACCGACGUGAUCCAGAGCCACAACUGGUACGGGGGCUGCACAGCUUCUGCUCCGUUUAACGCUACGUCGGGGGACCGGUGUUACUACAGCCAGCCCACCUGGUACGCCGGCGCUCGAGACGAUUUCAACUUCGGCGGCGCCAGCUGGAACGAUCAGGCGUACUACGACCAGUAUUACCACUCGAAGCUGGGAACCAUUCCCGUAUAUGAGCCCAUAACGGACGCAAUGCUGCAGAAUCUUCCAACAAGAAGAUCGUUUAACGUUUUGUACCAGAAAUUUUAA